AUGCCGCCGUCACCAAUUCAUCCUCGUUACAAGAAUCCUCCACCAAACACCCAAUCACUCUCUCCCCAAGCCUCUUUCACCUUCCAACUCCUCCUGUUCCCGACUGUCUUCCAGAACCCGGCCAAUCUCAAAGGGCCACGUGGCUUCAUCCUGUUGCAGCCGUCGGAUUUUCUAGAUGCCCAGAUCAACGGCCACGUGGCUGACUCAGAUCUACCUGCCCCAGUCCUCACCUCCCUGCGCCUGCAUGCCGACUCUGCUCUCUCCGUUCGCUCCCUCGCCUGGUCCCCGCUGCUCCCCCACUCCAUCCUGCAACGCGGCUGCCAGCUGGCAGUGUGCUCCACAGAUGGCCGGCUGAGAGUGUUCAGAGCGCCCGUGCAGGAGGCAGGCUCCAAGUGGAUCCAGGUGGCGGAUCUCUCUGCGACCCUUACUGCUCAUUUGAGAGACACGUGGCAGAGCCAGACACGUGGCAACAAUGAGAAGGUGACACGUGGCAGUGAUGAGAAGGUGACACGUGGCAGUGAUGAGAAGGUGACACGUGGCAGCGAUGGGAGACUGCCACGUAGCAGGGAUGAGAAGGAGACACGUGGAACACAGGUGGAUAAGAGAAAUGAGAGGGACAGCAACAUUGCACGUGGAGCAGGUGGAAAAAGGACACGUGGCAGCAAUCAGAGCGAGCAGAGAAGUUUAGGCCACAUAUCCCGUGUUGGGAAGCAAGGGCAUGGGAUCCCUGUCACCUUCUCAUGCCUGGCGUCUGGGUCCCACCAAUACUCUCACUUUGUCUUUGCCCUUUCUUGUUUGCCAUGCGAUUCUCUCUUCCCUGUUUCUGCUCCCCCUCCCCUCCCUAUCAGCCUGCCUCGCCCCACAACCCACCAUCACCAGCCUCUCGCCACUCCCAACGGCUCACCAGUCACGAGCCUGUCGGUCGCUCUUCCCCCUCGCUCCAUCCCAGCAGGUCUCGCCACUCCCAACGGCUCACCAGUCACGAGCCUGUCCAUUGCUCUUCUCCCCCGUUUCAUCCCAACGGGCAUCUCAGCUAGCCCUCUCCAAGAUGCUUCUAAUUGUGACGACGCUGCUGUUGCACCAGCAGCAGCAGCAGAGGAAGAAGCAGACGCAGCAAAAACGGCAACAACAGCAGCAGCAGCAGCAGAAGCAGCAGCACUAGUCACGCCAGCAGCGGUGGUGGGAGCAGGAUGUGCGUCAGGGCAAGUAGCGGCAUGGUGGGUGCAAUGGGGAGAAGGUGGGGGGAGAGGGGGACAGGGGAAGGGGAGAGGCGGUCAGAGGGGUAGCGGAGCCGGGGCAGCGGAAACAAAUAGGGAGAGUGCGGAAGUGGUUUGUGAAGUGGGGAAGAGGGGAAAGAGGAAGGAGAUUGGAGGAAUGGAUGGGUGUGUGACGGUGGGAGCAUGGGCGGAUGCACAUGCAGCAGCGGUGACAGGAGUGGUGGUGGUGGUGCGAGGCAGGGGACUAGCAGCGCUCUACUCCUGCUCCCAGGUCGAUUCAAUCAAGUGCUGGUCCGUCAACCCUCCACCCACCUUCUACACCUCCCCCUCCUCCUCCUCCUCCUCCCUCUCCUCCGCCCUCUCCUCCGCCCUCCCCUCCUCCCCACCCUCCUCUCCCCCCUCGGACUUCCUUCCCGUGCGGCCGCUUCCCCUUCCCCGCCUCUCCUCCGCCCUGCCUCUCGCCCUUUCAGAAGGCUUGGACGAUGCCGUACAGGCCUCGCGCACUGACCCCUCUCACUUCGUCGCCCGCCACGGCCUUGCUCAGAUACCCUGGCGUGUCAUGCCAUUGCCAUACCCGGCUAUUCCCCUCUCCCAUCCCUCCCACCAUCCCCUCGCUCCCAGGACUUUGUCAAGUCAGUGGGGAGUGCUACCUCCCACACUGGCCCCACUGGCGUCCAAGUCUGUCACGGCCUUGCCUGCUCUCACCCCAUGCCACUGUGUCUUGCCAUCUCAUGCCCCACCAUCUCCUCCCAUCUCAUCUCUCCACCCACCGUCCCCUCUCUCCCAGACGUCACACACUAACCCCUCUGACUUUUCCUCGCGCACUGACCCCUCUGACUUUGUUGGUUGUCACGGCCUUGCCUGCUCACCCAAUCGCCUCCUCAUCGCAACGGUUCGGGACAUGGCUCAGCAUUUGAAGAAUGACAUGUACACCAAGUCGUUCAAAGCAGCAGUGCAGCUGUUCUGGAUAGCAGGCCAACGACUCAACCCCACCACCUCUCCUGCUGCUGCCCCGGCUGCCGCCCCUUCUGCCUCUGCUGCUUCUCCAAUGCACACAAUCACCUCUCCCAACCCUCCACCUGAGCCCCUUAUCUCCCACCUGCUGCGCUGCUGGGGCGUGCCAAGGAGAGGCAAGGGGGCGACAGCAAGGCGAGCGCGGGAGAUGGUGGCAUGGGAGCAGGCACUCCGCUCCUCCCUUUGCCGCCUGCUCAACAGUGGCUGUUUCUGCUGCCCCUCCUCCUGCUGCUGCUCCUGCUCCUGCACACGCCUUCAGCUGCGCCCGUCGCCCUUUCUCCUCUGGGACCUCCUCGCCUCUCUUCUCAGCCUCGCCAAGCAAGCUGCCUCGCUUCCUACCACUGCAGCUGCAGCCAGUUCCACCACCCCUUCCUCCUCCACCGUCCUGCCAUCUGCCAGCCUGACUGCCUCGCUCUGCUCGCCCCUCUCCCUCCUCAUCUCUCUCCUACUCUCCGAGCUCGUUUGGCAGCAGGGCACGCAGGAGGGAGAGGAGGAGCAGUUACGAGUUGGUGUGGGACGGUGGAGCCAGGUGCAGCAGGUGCAGGAGGGGUUGAGAAGGAUGCAGAAGGAAUUGCAGCAACGGUUGGCUUUGUCUGUUAUGGUCACUGCUGCCUUGUGUCACGGCGAGGAAAGAGGGAAUGAGAUGGAAGGGGCAGAGAGAAACGAGGUAGGAGGGGGAGAGGUAGCAGGAAGGGAGGCAGCCGGGGGAGAAGCGGCAGCAGGGGCUAACAAAGCAGCAAAGGGAUGCAUGGUGCAAGCAGCAAUCGAUUCGUGCCAGUGGGUGCUCUCUCAAACCACGCACACUACUACCACUGCCGCCGCUGCUGCUACUGGUGGUGGUGAUGCUAGCAGUGUAGGCCUGAAUAAGGCCACACAGGAGCAGACGGCAACGGAACCAACUGUCCUAGUGCAUCCCCUUCUCACAGCCUGUGCACAUGCAUUUGCACACUGGUCUGGAAUCACAACCCCUGCCACUCUCCCCACCCCUCACCAUAUCCCCCUCUGCCCGGUCACACUAAAGCCAAUUGAGGCCACCCAGCCAGCGUGGCAUUGUUUGUCCUGUAGCCGCUGGAUCUCCCCCGAAGGCAUGCACUGCCUGGACGCUUGCCGCCCGCUCUUCCUGCCCCCGGGCAGCCAAAACUUCUGGGUCCGGGCAGAGGCAUGGGCGGAGCGUUUAAAGGAAGCCACCGAACGAACAGAGGCAGCUGAAGCCUCUGGAAUAUCAGGUGAAGCAGCAGCGAAUCAGCUAUUGCCUGCUUGUAUGCGUGAAAUGGAAGCUACAGGGGAAGGGAAGUGGGUGAGAGGAGAGGAGGUAACAGCAGCAGCAGCAGCCACCACCACCAUGCCUGUUUGCCCGUACUGUGGGGUGCAAGUUGUUGCACCCACUUCAUGCACACUGCUGUCUCCCUCGCUUGUAUGA